GGAGGUGAGUGGCGUGCAGAGGCUGAGAGCUUGCAUGUGAGUGACAGCGUGCACCAGCAUCCACUCUUCCCUGCAGCAGCUCUCAGUCUCUCUGGACUCCUCUUGAUGAGAGACAGAGGAAAUCAGGCAAGUUAGGAAGCACAUAAAUAUAGCUUUCUAUUCUGCACUGCUUUUUAAAAAGCCAUUUGACAACGUGAGGAAGAAAAACGUGGAGGGACGGAGAAGUCUCAUCUUUUGCACCAGCCUGCUACGAGAUUUUCCCAGCCUGCUGAGGAGAGGGGGAUGGAGAACAACAUGACUGACUGUGAAGAGGGAGAAGGGGAACCCACCAGCCAGGGCGAUGGACACCCCAAAGAGAGCAGUCCUUUCAUCAACAGCAGCGCAGCCUCCGAUAUGAAAAAGAGCCAGCAAUACGACGGCAAGAGCAUGGCUUUAUUUGAGGAGGAGAUUGAUACCAGUCCAAUGGUCUCCUCUCUACUCAGCUCUCUGGCCAACUACUCCAACCUGCCAACGGGCAGCAAAGAGCACGAAGAGGCUGAGAAUAAUGAGGAGGGUGCUCGGCCAUCAAAAAAACCUGUAAAGGCUCCCCAGCUGGGCACCCUGAUGGGAGUCUAUUUGCCAUGCAUCCAGAAUAUUUUUGGAGUGAUCCUCUUCCUGCGAAUGACAUGGAUGGUUGGGAUUGGAGGAGUCUUGGGCUCGUUCAUAAUUGUCUUUAUGUGUUGCUCUACGACCAUGCUCACGGCCAUUUCUAUGAGUGCCAUUGCAACAAAUGGAGUCGUACCAGCUGGUGGUUCGUACUAUAUGAUAUCUCGCUCUCUGGGGCCUGAGUUUGGUGGAGCUGUGGGGAUUUGCUUCUACCUGGGAACGACCUUUGCGGGGGCCAUGUACAUUCUGGGUUGUAUUGAAAUUCUGCUGAUUUACAUUGUUCCACAGGCAGCCAUCUUUAAGAUUGAGGGCCUGGAGGGUCCUGAGGCAGAGAUUGCACUCCUCAAUAACAUGCGGGUUUACGGCACCAUUGUCCUGAGCUUCAUGGCCAUAGUGGUAUUUGUUGGGGUCAAAUACGUCAAUAAGUUGGCGUUGGUCUUCCUGGCCUGCGUUAUCCUAUCUAUUCUGGCUGUUUACGCUGGAAUCAUCAAGACUGCCCUUGAGCCUCCCGUCUUUCCUGUUUGUCUCAUUGGAAAUCGAACGCUUCUCUCAAAAUCAUAUGACAUCUGUGCAAAGGUCGUUGAAAUAGACAAUGAGACGAUCACCACCAAAAUGUGGAGGUCAUUCUGUGAUUCUGAUUCCCUCAAUGCAACGUGUGACGAAUAUUUCAUCAACAACAACAUCACAGAGAUACAGGGCAUUCCGGGGGUCACUAGUGGUAUCCUUGCAGAGAACCUCUUUGGAAACUAUCUGGAAAAAGGCAUGAUUUUAGAGAAGCGUGGAAUCUCAUCCAAUGUGGAUCCUGAUAUUCCAACCACCAACGCCAACCGUUACGUCCUGGCUGACAUCACCAGCUUCUUCACCCUGCUGGUGGGAAUUUAUUUCCCAUCUGUCACAGGGAUCAUGGCAGGCUCAAACCGCUCUGGCGACCUACGCGAUGCCCAGAAGUCCAUCCCAAUUGGAACCAUCGCAGCCAUCACCACUACCUCCACUGUUUAUAUGUCGUGUGUGGUCCUGUUUGGUGCUUGUAUAGAAGGAGUGGUACUAAGAGACAAGUUUGGUGAAGGGGUUAAUGGUAACCUGGUUAUUGGAACGCUGGCAUGGCCCUCUCCCUGGGUCAUUGUGUUUGGCUCUUUUUUCUCCACCUGUGGUGCAGGACUUCAGAGUCUAACUGGAGCUCCACGUCUUCUUCAAGCUAUCUCAAGAGAUGGCAUCAUCCCAUUUCUCAGAGUGUUUGGACAUGGUAAAGCUAACGGGGAGCCAACUUGGGCGCUGUUACUAACAGCUAGCAUCUGUGAAAUCGGUAUCAUCAUUGCCUCCCUGGAUGCAGUCGCUCCUAUCCUCUCCAUGUUUUUCUUGAUGUGCUACAUGUUUGUCAAUCUUGCCUGUGCCCUGCAGACUCUGCUGAGGACACCAAACUGGAGACCACGCUUCAAAUUCUACCACUGGGCUCUGUCUUUCCUGGGUAUGAGCCUGUGUCUGUCGCUCAUGUUCAUCUGCUCCUGGUAUUAUGCCAUAGUCGCUAUGGGGAUUGCAACCUGCAUCUACAAAUAUAUUGAGUUCUGUGGAGCUGAGAAGGAGUGGGGUGAUGGCAUACGAGGAAUUUCACUGAGCGCUGCACGAUUUGCUCUGAUGAGGCUGGAGGAAGGGCCGCCACACACCAAAAACUGGAGGCCUCAGAUCCUGGUGCUGGUGAGCAUGGAUGCUGAGCAGAAUGUGGAGCAGCCCCGCCUGCUUUCUCUAACCAAUCAACUUAAAGCUGGCAAAGGCCUGACCAUUGUAGGUACUUCUGUUCAAGGAACCUUCCUCGACAGUUAUACUGAAGCCCAGCGGGCAGAUCAGUCUUUGCGUAAGCUGAUGGAGACAGAGAAGGUGAAGGGUUUCUCUCAGGUGGUCGUCUCCUCCAACAUUAGAGAUGGAACGUCACACCUGAUCCAGGUUGGAGGACUUGGGGGUCUGAAGCAUAAUACUGUGAUGGUCAGCUGGCCUCAGAACUGGAAGCAACCCGAGUGCUACCAGCAGUUUAGGAACUUUAUCGAGGUGGUUAGAGAGACGACCAUAGCUAGUUUGGCCUUGUUGGUUCCUAAGAAUAUCUCCAGUUAUCCAUCCAAUGGAGAGCGCUUCACUGAGGGCCACAUAGACAUGUGGUGGAUUGUCCACGAUGGAGGCAUGCUGAUGCUUCUGCCCUUCCUGCUCCGCCAACAUAAGGUGUGGAGGAAGUGCAAGUUGCGCAUUUUCACUGUGGCACAAAUGGAUGACAACAGCAUUCAGAUGAAGAAAGACCUCAUCACCUUCCUCUAUCAUCUGCGCAUCGAUGCUGCUGUGGAAGUGGUGGAAAUGCUCGACGGUGAUAUCUCAGCUUACACCUACGAGAAGACACUGGUAAUGGAGCAAAGAUCGCAGAUCCUCAAACAGAUGCAUCUGACAAAGAAUGAGAUGGAGAGAGAGAUCCAAAGUAUUACUGAUUCAUCUCGUGGAUCCAUCCGACGUAAAAAUCCGCCAACCUUGCGGCCCCAGCAGAGUACAGAGGAGGGAACCACCCUGGCAGAAAAACCACAACAUAAGUAUGAGGCUGUUUCCAACCUAAAACAGGUCCGCCUGAUCCAAAGUAAGAAUGCAGCCACACCCACCAGCCCCACAAGCCCUACCUCACCUGCUGCUACGCUUGCCGGAGGUGCUGUCACCUGGAGAGACAGCAAGGGUCCAGAUAAGGGGAUGACUGACUCAGCAGCGACACCAGAGGCAUGCAAAGACCCCCUUAGCAUGAAGCCGGAAUGGGAGAGUUUGAACCAGAUGGAUCUGAGGCGCAUGCACACGGCGAUGCGACUCAAUGAGGUGAUCAUAAAGAAGUCCAAGGAGGCAAAACUUGUCCUGCUCAACAUGCCCGGACCACCAAAGAACCGAGUGGGCGACGAAAACUAUAUGGAGUUCCUUGAGGUUCUCACUGACGGUCUCAACAGGGUUCUCCUAGUGCGUGGAGGAGGGCGAGAGGUCAUCACCAUCUACUCCUGAGGGGCUUUUAUCAGCAUCUAUAUAAGAACUCGUGGGUUCUUCUGCCUCUGUGUGAUUCCAGGAAAAUCCUCCCCCUGACCUGCCACCUCCCACUGCAACCAGACCGCAGCACUUCCAGGAGCCAUCCACGCAUUACCUAACUCCAUCUGUUACCUCCAUACCACCUGAGUUCACAUCACCUAAGAAAUUUAUGAUUUCUUCUGGAUUUUCCUUGCUCACCUGUAAGAGAAAUGUCAUAUUUCUUUAUAUGUGUUCAUUCAGCAUCUGUGUUGUUUGAGAGUUGUUCCAUUUUAACUCGUCUUUGUUUUUGUCUGUCAUUGUAUGAAUGAAUAUAUCCAACUAAUAAUGAAAACUGAGUGGAUGAAGAGGACGUUUCUGUCUUCAUUUAGAUAAAACUUGGGUUCUUUGACAUUUUAACACAUAUAAAUACCAUUCCCUCAAAUUAGAUUUGUUAAACAUCAUUUUCAGACAAGCUAAUAGAACUUUUGCUCCAAAAAAAAAGAUUUUAUAGAAAUGAUGACCCUAAACCUUGUAGUUUCACUUUAUUCAAAUAAGAUUUGGAAUUGGUGAUCAUGUAGUAAAUUAUGGAAUUUGUAUUCAAGUAUGUACUAAAUAGUAUGUAUUAAAGUCUUUUUAAAGACAGAAUUAAAAAUGAUCUGUAGUAAAAGUGAAAGUUAAGGACGCAAUCUUUAUUCAAAUACAAUGUUAGGCCCAUCUAAUACAAUACUGUAGGUGGCAUUCUAGUAAACAUGUAGCUUUAUCACAGUGUAUUUCUGCUGUAUCACAGCCAUUUUAUAUCUGGUUUAUAUUAUAUUAUAUUCAUAUUAAAGUUCUUAUCCAGACAAUGUUUCUUUUUUUUUUUAAAGCAGGGUUAUACAUGUCAGCUAAAUCUGUUGCAGCGUAGCUUUGCAGCACUGGUUAAAAAGGUUUUCUCGCUUCCUCACAAAAAGCUUGUUCUGUUUUUAUUGGCCAGCUCUGUGGUCUGACAAGAGUCUGCAGUCAUGCUCUGCAACCUUCAGGUUUAGUCAAGAACUAUGCAUCAGAUCAAAAAUAAAAUAAAAAAAACAUUUUAAAAAAUACCAUUUAAACUGGCUUUAUGGGGACAAUACAGUAUUUGAUUUAAAAAUAUAUUUACAGAUUAAAUUUAGUUCUAAAUUAGAUACUCAUUGAGAAAUAUUAUGGCUCUUUUUCAUUUGCUUAUUUCACAAGGUGUACUUUCACAUACAGAAAAAGCUGUCCAAAGGUAACUCCUUUGUCUAAAGGUCACUCACUAACUCACAACUGCACAAAACUUGCAAAAUAUAGACAAAAACAGUGAAAUGUGUUAAAAGUAAAUUUCAGAGGGCCGUUGUUACAAUUUUAAGAUGACCUUGUUAAUCACACAUUAAAUUCAUGAGGGUAUAUGUGUUUUCAUAAUUGAUUAAAUUAUCUUCAUCUAAUUUUAUGUUUUUAUGUUUAGUUUAGAUUGCAUUAGCUUGUCUAUAUUUAAAUGAAAUAUGGCCUAAAACAUCAUCGGAUUACUGUGGAGGAGAUAGGCCUAAAAUAUCUACAUACCAUAAUGUCAUAAUAUCCUUUAUUAUUUAGAAAAAUGAAGAAUUACAUGUUUAUAUUCUUAAAAGGGAAUCCUUAGUUGUAAUAUUCAUUGUGACCCCUACUGUGUAGCAGCAACUACAAGCUGUUUCGAAAUUGUAGUUCAUUCUGUACAAACAACUUCAAUUUUUUAAGCUUUUGAUUUGAACUCUGACAGGGUGAACUUCAACUUCAUUCUUUUUUCACUUUAUGGUUAAAUACCUAUGUAUUUAUGAAGCUGUUGCUUUGCUGGUAGAUUGCUUUAAUCAUAGCUUUAUUAGCACUCAGAGUGUUUUCUAGUUGUGAUGCAACGAAAGAGGCCCAAAUCAUGAUCCUACCACCACAAUGCUUUCCAAACAUGCUGAUCUCCUUCUGGUAAAAUGUGGUGUUAUUUUGUGUUUUUGUUCAUUUGUUUAUUUGUCACACAUGCAGCUAAAAAAUAUUUUAAUUGUUUUAUCUGUCUAACAAAAUAUGGUUCUAACAAUCCUUCUGUUAAAUCAAACUUCCAGCAAGCAGUAAUCGGCGAACUUCACCUGUAUAAUUUACACCACUGGAGGUCAGUGUUCAUCAACAUUUCUGAGUCCGUGUGAGGAAAACGGUUUAACUGCUUUCAUUUAGUUUAGUUUAGUUUUAUUUGAAGAGUCCGUGGAAGAAUAUCGUUGGCAUUAAAGUUUCAUUUCUUUGUAAACAAUCUUCCCAACCAUACAUUACUGAAGACAAAAUCCUCAAAGGUUGUAGAACUGGACCCUGCAACAUGACAAUGACCCAAACAUAGCAGUAAAUCAAAUAUAGGCUGACUGAGAAUUAAGAAAUGAAAAGUCCUGGGUCUUGUAAAAACCCAGAUCUUGAUCUUAUUAUGCAAUGGGGUGACUUGAAACAGACUGUACAUCCACCGAAUCCCUCAAACAUCUACCAGCUAAAAGAGAGGAGUGGGGCAAACCUUCCCCAGGCUGACGUCAGAGGAAGGUAAACAUCUAAAAGAAGCGUCUCACUGAAGGAAGUAACAUCAGUGGUUACAUGGGUAGGGUGUCCUAACUUUUGCCUCAGUUAGAAAACACAUUUAUGUUUAUAUCUCUUGUUUCUUGAGUAAAACAAGGCUACCAAUUGUUAAGUGCAGUUAAAUACUUUAUUUUCCAGAGAGAGAAAAAUGGGAUUAGAAAUCAACAUGUGGACAUUUAUUUUCAGCAUUUUACCCCUCAGUGUCCCCUGACUAUCAGUGUGUUUCUAUGGCCCAGAACAUGUUAUCUUUAUGGAGAAGGAUCUUUGUAAUCGUAGUUCAUAAAAAGAGCACAGACAGCCCACUUUUUCCCCUCCCUGGUAUGUUAUUACUCCACCCUUUUUUAUUUAGGAUUAACUUUAUCAAGUAUUUUCAUUCCCUUUCAUUAAUAUACACAUACUGUUUAUGAUGCUGUAGAAUACCGUUUGCAAAAUCUUACCUCAUUCUCGAUACAACAAUAUAUACUUUUAUUAACAAAUGUCUAUUCAGAGAAGUGUUUGCUUUACAUUACUGAUAGAAAUGAGUGCAACGACACACCCUCUGCAUCUACCAGGUAUUGAUUUUGCAUGUGGAAAUCACUGGUUCCUUGCUUGCAGAAGUGCUCACAGUUUUUAAAGUCCUCCUUGCAAAGUGUGCAUACUGUGAGUUUGAUUGAAACAGCAUCUUAAAGACAUAUAGGACAGACAUUUGUGAGAAGGUCUGUGACUAAAGGUGUAGAAAUAACAUGUAUCAGUCUUAACAGAUUUAAGUUAGAAAUGUGUUUAAAACUAUCACACAUUAUAUUUUAUGACCUAAUUCAUCUUUUGAAUUUACGUUCAGAUAAUGGUUUGAAUAAACCAUGUUUAUGUCUGCACAAAAUGCAAUAAAUCUAAAUAAAAUUAAUUAAAGUUGCAAAUAUGUGUCCUA